GCGUCCCUAACCCCGGGCGCUCACGGGGUGUCUGUCGAAGGAGGUGAUGUCUGACUCACCUCCCACCAUGCCCCACGAGGGACGGAUCACACCUGAUGUCUUCCUGGCUCUGUGCCUGGCACAGAAUAAAUAUCUAAUAGAUGUUUCCUAAGUGGCCUGCCUCAUCCCCACGGCACAAAGCACUUACCGACUCCUCCCCGUGUUUCCAGCACACGGUUGUCGCCGCGAGUCGGUCAUUUCUGCUGUCUCCUGUGCCCGUCAACACUUCAAGGAUAUGACAGUAAAUGACAUGUCAUGACUCAAGGCACUCAAGACACGGGAAGACUGAUCCACUCGCGACACUGCAGGAAAGCUCGCGGGAGGGAAUCUCAGUUCCACUCAGAGACAAAGCAGCAAAGAACAGCGGCUCUGACUGGGCCCAGCGGAGGAAGAGCAGGCCAGGGGCAGGCAGAAGGCAGCGAGGCAGCCACGCCUGCGGAGGUGGACAAAGGCCACGGGCACCGUGGGUGUGGAACAGGCCCUGCCGUCAUUUGUUGAACCCCCGGGCGAUGCGUUGGGUAACCCGCAGUGACGUCAGUGCUACCAGCUUCCAGUUGAUCCGACCGCUGGUCUUCACUGGCCGCUGGCUGGUUUCUCCGUGCCGUGACCCACACGAAGGCAGGCCCCAGCAGAACAGUGGCUUGGGGAAACGGGGCGCUCAUUUCUCUCUGCCUGCCUCUCCUGGACUUCUGCUGACAGAGCAGGCACUGUGUCGGAGACAGACGAUGCCAUCGCCCUGUGGCCGCCACCGCCAGUGUAGAUGGCCCAAGGCCCACAGCAGCAGAGGACGAGAUCCGCCAGGUUUUAGCUGCUGCAGAGCCUACCCAGGAAAGGCCCUAAGUCUAGGCCUCCUCACAGGAGCAGCUCUCGUGCAGCCGCGAGUGGGGCAGGACGGGGUCUCACUCUGCCGGCUUCCUGCUCGGAUCUGGUCUGUAGUGAGGAGCUACAGAAGUGUGCAAGGGCGCCGGCUGCCCCUCCACCCCCACGAGGCUUUCUCCAGCAGAGAACUGUGGGAAGGGGACCCCCAAAUGUUCAUGGCCUACCAAAGCCAGCUGGAAGGAGCCUUCCAUACCAGGGAGCUGCCGAGCCUCCUGGGACAGCUCCUGCCCGUGCCAGUGGGGGCCCCGCUAUCUCAGGCUUUCUGUCGGAGCAUCCCAUAUCGUAACAGGUUCCCACCUUUAGCCUCUGCUGAAAGAAACGCCUGUCAAACUGAUGAGAACUCUUUGUCAGUCUCCAAACGGCUCAGACGGUCUCUGCUCAUCUUGACCAGCACGGGCAAAGUCCCACCGUGCUGGAAGUCCCACCUCCAGCCGGCACCACCUCCAGCCUGCACGCACCUCUGGCGGUACUUCUGCCUUUCCCGCAGGAAGCAAGGGCCAUGCGGCUCGGACCUGUGUUGUCAGCUUUAACUAACGUGCCCGGGAGGAGCUGCUUAGGCAGGAAGCGGGGAGCUCUCAGCUUGGCGGUUUGGACGUGCGCAGACCACGCUGAGGCAGCCGUUGGUUCAGGCAUCUAGAGACCCCAGGGAUCAUGGCUGACAACUCAGUGCAAGCCACGAGGCAGAGCCGGAAAGCACUCGGGCUGUGAGGCCAGCCUUCUCACGAGAGCUACCUUCCCAGGACAAGGCCCCAGUGCUGCGAAACCGCCCACUGGGCUGGUCUCCCAGAUGCCUGGGUUAGGUCACGUUUCCACCCUGAAUCCAUCAACCAUUAACAGGAAUCCAUUAAUCCAUUAACCGUUAACAUGAGACUUUGAGGUUUAAACAUCGACAUGAGCUUGGAGACCCGAAUCCUCUUCAAAUCAUAACAACUCCAUCUGGGUUUUGGUUGUUUGUUUUUGUUGUCUGGAUCAUAGCAGACAUUCAAUAAAUAUUACUUCUAAAAUGGGAAUGUGUCUUCUAGUAGUGGAUGCCUGCACGGUUCUUAGAAACCCUCCCACUGAGGAAUGGCAGGAAUGGUAUUUUUAGAAAUCUGUCCAAACACAUUGAAGAGCUGACGAGAUAAUGCAAAGCAAUCAGUGCAAGAGGGAGGUCAAAUCGAAGGCCCGGGGAGGCGGCCUGGUCCUCUCGCCCGGAGCCAGAUGCUGACCCUCCCGAGAGCUGUGCAGACGUCUGACGGCAUCGCAGAGCGAGGACCGCGUGCUGGUACUGGGGCCCAUGCUGGCCGUGGGACAGAGGUGACCAGCUCUUCUGUGGCAGCUGGAACCCUGAUCCCUCGCCUCCUACA